AUGUCCGUUGAAAAAGUUCACGCCAGAUCUGUCUAUGAUUCACGCGGUAAUCCAACCGUCGAAGUCGAAAUCACCACUGAGGGGGGGUUGUUCCGAGCGAUCGUGCCCUCUGGAGCCUCCACCGGUGUCAGCGAGGCCGUCGAAGUUCGGGACGGCGACAAGAGCCAUUGGGGUGGUAAAGGUGUGCUCAAAGCGGUCGCUAACGUCAACGAUGUCUUGGGGCCUGUACUUGUUAAGUCAGGUCUCAAGGUUACAGACCAAGAAGCCGUUGACGAUUUACUGAUCAAAACCGACGGCACCCCUAACAAGGCCAAACUAGGUGCUAAUGCGAUUUUGGGCAUUUCCCUUGCCGUCGCCCGUGCUGGAGCCCAUGAAAAAGGCGUUCCCCUUUACGUUCAUUUGCGGGACCUCUUUGAAGGCCGUCACGAUGCAAAUAAGCCCUUCGUUCUGCCCGUUCCCUUUAUGAACGUUUUAAACGGUGGUGAGCAUGCCGGUGGCCUGCUUCCCUUCCAGGAAUUCAUGAUUGGAGCUAUCGGCGCACCUUCUUUCUUUGAGGCCGUGCGCUGGAACUCUGAGGUUUAUCACAUCUUGAAGAAACUCGCAGUUGAAAAGUAUGGGCCAUCCGCAGGCAAUGUUGGUGAUGAAGGAGGCGUCGCUCCAAACUUAACUACUGCCGAGGAAGCCCUAGAUCUGAUUGUUGAGGCCAUCAACAAAGCCGGUUACGAAGGCAAGGUCAAAAUCGCAAUGGACGCGGCCUCGUCUCAAUUUUGUAAAGAAAGCAAGUAUGACUUGGAUUUCAAGAAACAAGAGGAUUCUUCUCCUUCUGAGUGGCUCUCUGGAGAGAAACUAGCCCAAAAAUACCACGAGCUGGUUGACCAGUACCCUUUGGCGUUUUUGGAAGAUCCCUUUGGGGAAAACGAUUGGGAGUCCUGGAGUAAGUUUCUUGCCGGUGGUGUGAAAGUUCCCGUUGUGGCUGACGACCUGGUGUGCACCAACACCAAGUUGAUUGCAAGAGCCGUCAAGGAAAAAGCUGCCGAUACUUUGUUGCUCAAGGUCAACCAAAUUGGUUCUUUGACCGAAUCCUUUGCUGCCGCUAGAGAGGCCUACGAUGCUGGCUGGGGUAUACUAGUCUCUCAUAGAUCCGGUGAAACCGAGGACUCUUUUAUUGCCGAUCUGGUUGUUGCUCUUGGAACCGGUGAAAUCAAGUCUGGCGCUCCAUGUCGCUCUGAAAGACUUGCCAAAUACAAUCAAAUUUUGCGAAUUGAAGAGGAGCUCGGCAGCAAAGCCAUCUUUGCUGCCAAAGAUUUCCACGAUUCCUACAAGCAUCACCAGUAG